AUGUCGCCCGCGUACGCGUACCAGGACGAGGCGACGCUACUGCAACACUUUAACGCCGUCGAUGGUAACGGGAACGGGGCGAUCGACGGACGAGAGCUUCAACGCGCGCUCGCCACGUCUGGAUUGACGUUCUCCUUGCAAACCAUCGCGCUGUUGAUUCGCCUGCACUCCGCACCCGGGAAUAAGAGCGGGACACUCUCGUUCACGGAGUACAAGAAAGUGCACGAAUUUCUCGUGAACGCGCAAAACUCCUUCACGCACUUCGACAAGUCGGGGACGAAAAAGCUCAACAAGCGAGAGGCGCUGGAGUGUUUGGCGUACGCGGGCUACGGAGACGUCGAUCAAAAGGCGAUCGAGCACGCGUGUCGGGCGUUCGAUCCGGAUCGUUCCAAUGACUUAGGCAUCGACCAAUUCAUCGGGCUGUUCCUGUUCCUGGCCGCGGCGAGAAAAGUGUUUGAAAGCUUUGACGCCGACAAGAGCGGCAAGAUUACGCUAGACUUGAACCAGUUCAUAUACGCCUCGGCGAAGACGCGUUAG